ACCAUCCCCCGGAAGUGUGGUAACUAACACUUCCGGGUUUAAUUUUGAUUUUGACUGUUUUGGCGGUACGCAGGUAACGGAGUUUAUAAAAGUUUAUUUUGUUAUUAGCAGCCCCCCUUCUGCUCCUUUACGUUGGUUGCCAACCGCCGUUAAACACAAAGAAGAAGAAGCACCCCCCUAUACCACAAGGGAGAAGAUGAUCUGCAGGAUCUCGCUGGUCCUCAUCCUCACCUCGUGUGUCUCUGGAUCAUUUGUAGUGAAUGUGACUCAGACCUCCUAUCAGGCAGAGGAGAACCACAACAUCACACUGGAGUGGACGUUCACAGUAGAAACAGGCAGAUCCCCCACAUAUCUAAUAAUUUACUGUGACCUGAUAACUGAUGAUAAACUCUCAGUUCUGUAUCAUGUCCACAAUGGUGCUGAAGUCUCAGAGUCUCAGGAUGAAAAGUUUUCAGGACGAGUUCAGGGUGACAAAGACGCCCUCAGAGAAGGACGAAUCAGACUCCAGCUGUGCAAACUCAGGACUGAGGACUCUGGUCAAUACAAGUGUAAAGUAAACACAGAUCAUGGUCUCAGCUCUGCGAGCUGCAGACUCAACGUCACUGCAGCUGCUGAUCAACUCACAUCCCAGAGACCAACUUCACCACCACAAGAAGAGAGAAAGGACUGGAAGAUUAUUGUAAUUGGCCUGACAGCAGCAGCAUUAUUCGCUCUGAUUGUGUGCACUUUACUUUGUGUCGUGCUUAGAAAAGUGCCAAAUUUCUGUACAGCUGUCAAGUUUCAUGAACUCUCAGGGACAAAGUCACUAAACCAAGAUACGUCCUGCCUUUGACGUCUACUUGAUCUAGUUGAUACGAACUCUGUAAAUGAACUGGUUCUAUAUGUUGCUUUCAUACACUAUUCAACUUACCUCAUUCACACAAAUUCACAAAAACAUUUUUUGUAUGUUUUUCUAUGCAAGUCAUUUUUGUAUAACACAAAUAGAUCGAAAUAUAUGUAGAUAUUAAUAAUCUAUAUUUUACAAAUCGCAUCUUCAAAAACAUUGGCAAACUUUCUAAAACUGUAAUAAAAACUAAAAUCUGUUA